AUGAAUCAGAAUAACGACCUCGCGAAUAGUGUGGCGUCUCCUUCAGGUGGCUCAGACUACACGCUGAGUCACAUCGUCAGUCACGGCGGUGAUAACCCUGCUCAAGUCCAAGACUAUCAAGCGUCAGAUGAACUGACUCGCAACGGACUGCGCGCUGAGGCAGCGUUCAAUACACCCAUGGUCCAGCUGAUCAUCAAGGACUUCUGCGACUUGAGCGAGCGACUGGAGCAGAUCGGGGCUAUGAUUCCCACACAGAGUGGCCUACAUUACUGGGUUAGCGACUCCGCCAACGGAAGGGGUAUCAUCGUUGCCGAGUGUGUCGAACUCUUGAGGUACGCGCCCGGAUACACCGUGCGCGUUCCGCGUGACGUGCGAUUAGCAUUUGAAGCCCUCAACACCCUCGAACUCGUAAACCAAGCUAUGUAUCACAGCCUCUCGGGGUAUCUACGAUACCUCGAAGCCCAACAGCCGGCGCAGGCUCUCCAAGCUUACCAACCACCACCACCACCUAUUCUACUCAAACGCCAGGACCAGAUCGUUGUACCGCAAGGACCUAGAACAUCCGGCGUUCGUUCCAGUGGUUCCGCUGGUAUCCAUCGGUACGAGUGGCCAGAGUCUCGUAAACUUGCCUGGCUUUGCAUCACCCCACGUAUGGUUCUACCUGAGAAGGCUUUAGAAUCCUCAUACUGUUCCUUCAACAGCGUAGCGCUGUGGGACCAUGUUGACGUCCGACUGAUUGGACCCAACAUCGAGGUGACUCUUGUGGAGAUCGCUGCGCUUAGUGUAGGCGAUUUACGGGCCCACUCCGCCGGCAGUAUGAAGAAGCAUCGACGAGAUGCUCGUAGUCACCUCUGCGCCGCCGCCGGUCUUACGCUCUCUGCGAUCAAUACCGAUCGUGUAAACUCAACUACCGAGUUCUGCGAUCUUCGCGACUGCUUCCUUGUCAGCCUGGGCGACGGACUAGUAUACUGGCCUGGAGGAGCUGAUCAGGGGGUGCUGACCCUUGCUGUCUGGCACGCUCGUCGACACGGCCAUAAUAACGUACGACUAUCUCAACUUGAGCGUUACGUCGAACAGGUACAAGAGGAAAUGGUUAAACUAUAUGGUCCUCUUCCACAGCCUAGUCCCCUUGGUCUCUAUCAGACUGAUUGGGAGGCGCUGGAGCGAAUCUUUCCGCAGCAGACUUACGAUGCGACUCGGGUUCAUGAUCCAACCUACGAUGUCGUCCGAAAGUGGUGGGCAGCGGGACGGUAUUUUCACCAAGACUAA